CGAAGCCUCACUACUGCACCAGCAAGAGACGCGCGCAGAAGCAACGAAAACCGUUCCGUUGCCGUUAAAUUUGUUUUUGUGCUUGGAACGAUCGAAGCAGCCCCCACAUUCAAUCUCUCUCUCUCUCUCUCUCUUACGCGAAGGCGAAUUUUCCAAGACAAACGCGCCCGCGCAUCAUAGGCAGUUUUCUUUUUUCCGCCGAACUGUACACAACAUCAAUCGUAUCGUUUUUGGAGUUUUGGAAAAGUGCACACAAAAAAUACUAAUUGGAAAUGCAGUACUCAAGCAGUUCGGAAAAUAAUUCAUCCUCGCUGAGGGACACGCCCGCGAAAUGGAGCGGCAAGAACGACAAGAAUUAUGCGUACAAAAAGUCCUCGUAUCAAUACUCAAGCUCUGGCGACAAUAAUGUGUCCUAUCAGGGCAAGUCGCCCGAUCAGAACAUCGAUCAGUUGGACGCCUUGCUGGAGGACUUGAAGCAGGAACGCCAGAUCACCAACAGAGAUCGCGAUCUCCUGCCCACCAACGGCACUUCCUAUAGAACGCUGGAACGCACUGAUCCCGCUGGGACUGUGACCAGGACGACGCGUGUGGUCAAGACCACAAAGCACUCGGGUCAGGGCGGACAGCAGCCCUACAUCGACGAUGUGGAGACCUUCAAUCCCACCGACUACAGCACGCUGCAGUCGACGGCCAAGUACUCGAGCCUGAAGCGCGACGAUUACCAGACCAAGGAGAAGCCGUACACGCUGGCCCAUUCACCCAUUGGCGGUCAGUACGAGAGCAAGUCGAAGAUCUACGAGAGCAAUCGGACAAUUAACAACAAUGUGGAGCUGCUGCCUGGCACCACACAGACCCUGACCAGCGGCACAACCAUCGACAAGGAGCUGCAGGAUAUUGCCUUGAGCGAUGGCAUACUGCCGGCCCCAGGCACUAAGGUGACGACCACCGUCCGUACGUACACGUAUGAGAUCCCAGCCGGUCCGGGCAGUGCCACCAGCACCAUCAACCGCAGUCACACGCUCAACAACAGCAACGUCAACACGAAUACGAACACGAACACGCUGAGCAGCAGCUACAAGCUUCACGAGAGCCACAACUCCAGCCAGAACUUUAGCCAGCUGUCGCCACAGCCACAGCCGCUGCCGCAUCCACAUCCGCAUGUGCCCCAGACUGUGGUCUACAACACGGAGAGCUACUCCACGCUGAACAAGCCCGAUCGGCCGCUGCUGACCAAUCAGUCGUACGAGAUACGCGAGCACAAGGAGACCACAACGCGCGGAGUGAGUCCCCAGCCGCGACAGCUGCCGCUUGGAUCGGGUCUCCCAACAGGCACACCGCCGGGUAACGGCAGCCGCACUGUGGUCUACAACAUCCACAAGACGGACAACGUGAACACGAUCAACGAACUGCCGCCGCAGCAGCGGUAUCCCCCGCACAGUCCGGCGCACAGCCCCAACUACGCUCAGGGUCCACACAGCCCGCCGUUGCAUCCGUCUGGGCCGGGUGGCGUCAAUCGUUAUUAUUACAAGGAGACGGAGACCUCCAACACGGUCAACACGAUCCACGGAGCACCCAAUGGCGGUCCAUAUGAGCCGGGACUGCCGCAGUCAGCUCCGUUGAAGCAGCUGCCGCCCAGCACGGUCUAUCCGCAGCCACAGAACGGCAAUGGAUAUCCGCCGAACACGAGCUACACCUACAAGUACUCUUCCACAACGAACACUAACAAUCGUCGCGGUCCUGGCGUCGGUCCAGACUAUGGCUCUCCCUCGCCUUUCCCCGUGGACGGAGUGGAGUAUCCGGUGGGCAAUGGCAAUCCACCGCAGCGUGUGGACGAUCUAAUGCAGUCCUUUGGCACUACUGAUCAUGUGGAUCGCGGAGACCUCGAGACGCCGGUGCGCAAGCGGGAGAUCGAGACAUCCGUGGCCUCGCCCAACCAGCAACAUGUGCCGUCCGUGAACAAGGUCGGCAAGGAGGUUUACUAUCCGCCCGGACAUGACACCAUUGUCAUGAAGCGCGAGGAGAUGCAUGCCGGUUCUGCCUCUGGUGGUCGCUGGGCCAAGGGCUCGGGCAUGUACGAGUACGAGUCCGGCUCCAAGUCAAAGACGAAAACCAAGUCCGGCGGCGCUGUGGUGCCCUUGUGCCUGCCCCUCUGCUGUGCGAUGCCCUGCUCCAUCAUGUAGAGAUGAGCUGCAUCUGGAAGUCGUACUUGUAUAUAGGUUUCUAAUAUUAUUGCCGUCAAUAAGUCUAACGCUAAAUCCUGCCCCGCGUCGAACUUGCUCUCUACUUACUGUCUAACUUCUACUUGGGUUUGCUGCUUGUCCAAAUCCCAAGUGUACCCAUCGUCUAUGUCUGUUAUUGUCUAUGUAUAUACUUUAAUUUGUAUUACGGCAUCUGUGGAAUGAUGUCCCAUUGUUAUAUCUGUUAUAGAUUGCUCCAAACUGUUCAAAUUGCUCAAGUCGAAUGAGGUUUCAAUUGAAUUUUGCAUGUCGCAUACGAAACACUAAUACAAUAAAUGUGCGCAGCAAGCGCCACCUGAAUAUUUACUAAUCGUAAACCAUAAACGUAAAUCCCGACUUAAAAGGUAACAACCCCCAGCCGCCCCAGUCGUUACAGAGCCAUAAAUACUAUCGCUAAUACACGUAAAUAAAAUAAUAAAAACGAUAUCUAACAAACGAA